AUGCCACACAGUAGUCUCAUAUUUCGUACUUGGUUCGAAGAUGAAGCAAACCGCUGGAAGGCCGUUUGGAUAGGCGAUGGUGGCGACAAGCCCAUUUACCUUCGCAAAUGUUUUAACAUCGACCGCAAUCCAGCUCGGGUUAUCAUAUUUGCCUCGGGUUUAGGACAUUUUAACUUGAGCAUCAAUGGUAAACCGGCGUCCCUCCACGUCCUAGACCCCGGAUGGACCAACUAUCACAGAACAGUCCAGUUUGUGGGAUACGAUGUGACGGACAAGGUUCUGAAUGGCGAGAAUGUUAUCGGUGCCCACGUCGGCAACGGGUUUUACGCUGGGGACCAAGGCGACCGGUUCUUCUGGCCAAUGUACGAGGACAACACAUACGUACGCUAUGGAAACGAACUUUGCUUCUUUGCAGAGGUACAUAUCCACUACGACGACGGUAGCCACUCAUGCAUUGCCUCAGAUCGCACAUGGAAGGCUAGGAAGAGCGCAACAACCUUGGCAAAUAUCUAUGCGUCAGAAGAUCACGACAGACGAAUCUACCCGGUUGGAUGGGACGCGCCAAGUUUUGACGAUUCUAAGUGGGCACCAGCCAAACCUGUAACAGGUCCCCGCGGAAAGCUGCACUAUCAGAGCCAGCCGCCGGUGGUGCUUCACGACACAUUCACGCCAAUAAGCUACAAUCAGGUCAAACCGGGAACGAUCGUGUAUGAUCUCGGCCAAAAUUCUUCAAUCAUGGUUCAGAUUGAGGCCAGUGGACCAAGUGGCGCAGAAUACCGUGUCAAGUACUCCGAGACAAUUGGCGAGGAUGGAUCAGCACUCAUGCCUGACCCUCUGUUCGACGAAUUCGCGACCCAUGUAUACUCCAAAGUCACGCUCCUCGGACAAGGCACAAGAGAGGUUUGGACGCCUGAUUUUAGUUUUACCAGCGCUCGAUAUAUCCAGAUUGAGGGAGCUUCCCUGGAUGGGAAAGAUGGACUCCCUAUCAUUCACUCCGUGAUAGCUAGACACAUUUCGUCUGCAGCGAAGCGGCUGGGCUUCGUCAAGACGGACAAAGAAGAUGUUAAUGCCUUGAUAAAUGCCUGUCGCUGGACCUUCAGCUCCAACAUCUUCAGUUAUCAUACUGAUUGUCCCCAAAUAGAAAAGUUCGGGUGGUUGGAGGUAACAUCAUUACUUUUUCCUGCCACACAGUACGUGUUCGAAACCGAAGCUGUGUAUCAGAAGAUCAUAGACGACAUUAUAGAUGCCCAAGAGCCAUCAGGACUGGUGCCAACAAUGGCGCCCCUGGUCCGGUAUAUGUGUGGUCCGAUGCACGAUACGAUCACUUGGGGUGGAGCUCUUUGCCUGCUACCAGAGCUCAUCAAGAAAUAUUACGGUAGCACUGGUGUUUUUGCCAAAGCAUAUCAGCCAUGUAUACGUUACAUGGAAUAUAUCAAAGGGAAAGAGCGUCACGGCGGCCUUAUAGAGCAUGGUCUUGGCGAUUGGGGCCGCGAUAUUGCAUAUGGAAACCAUCAAGCAAAUAUCGAAACUGCCGUGUACUACAAGUGCCUUCGUAACAUGACUAUGAUGGCUAAGGAGCUAGGGCGUGUUGACGACGAAGCUAGAUUCUGCUCCUGGGCCGACCGAAUAUACGAUGUAUACAAUAAGCACCUGCUUGUCACAGACAGGAAGACCUAUCCGUAUUCAUUUUACACUUCCCUCGAUACCCCAGGAACAAAAGAUCGCACAAUGGUCGCGCAGUCCAUAGCCUUGCAGUUUGGGCUUGUUCCAGCAGAACAUCGCGCCGAUGUUAUCACCGCCUUUGUCGCAGACGCCGAGGCAUCGGGGCAUGUCAUGAGGGCUGGCGAGAUUGGUCUCAAGUAUCUCUGGGACACAUUAGCCGAUCCCGAUGUAGACCGACCAGACAUUGUACUGGACAUGGUGCGACAAGAGGAGCACCCCUCAUACAUGCGAUUCCUACGCCGCGGGGAGACCACACUCUCGGAAUUCUGGCAGGAUAAUUGCCGUUCGAAAUGCCACGAUAUGCUGGGCACCAUCUACGAGUGGUUCUACAGCUAUGUGCUGGGUGUUCAGUCUCUAUCAGAUGCAUACCGCCGUUGGAGAUUGAGGCCGUGCUUCAAAGGCGAGUUUGACCACGUCUGGGGCGAGAUCGAGUCCCCGUAUGGCUUGAUCUCAGUGGACUUCGAUCGCAGAGACCUCCAAGAUGAAAAAGCUAUGGUAAAUGUCUCUGUCCCGACGGGAACUACAUGCGAACUAGUCCUACCAAAAGAGACAAGCGUCGCUGAAGUACACCGAGAGGCAAACGAGGAGAUCCGAGUGUUUACUGGGAAGGUUUUCGAGUUGGCACAGGGCAAGUAUUGGAUAGAAAUCACCCCUUAG